AAUUCACAGGAAAUUAAGCAGCUUUCCCAAGGAAAAUACACGGAAUCGAUCAAGAAAUGCACGAAACGACGUCAACUAGUUCAAAAAUUCAAAUGAAUUUUCUCGGUCCAGAAAGCAUUGUACUGCUCACGAAUCCGAAACUUUACGUAGUACGAAACGAUUAGGGAUUGAGAAACUCACCGAUUUCAGAGCCGAAAAUUGAGAGAUGGAGAUUGUGGAGGUGCGAGUUGUGAGUUAGAGAGCUCAUUGCUUGGUAAAAUGAUAUCUGACCAAAUGUGCGAGUCUCUAUCUCUCAAGUUUCGGCUCUGAAAUUGGUGAGUUUCUUUUUCGUACUAGGAAGUUUCGGAUUCGUGAGCAGUACAAUGCUUUCUGGACCGAGAAAAUCCGUUUGAAUUUUUGAACUAGUUGAUGUCGUUUCGCGCGUUUCUUUAUUUUCCGGGAAAUUUUGCUUAUUUUUCCGGAAAAUUUUAUGUAAGUAGAAUGGAAUCGAUUUUGUUUGUUUGCUGAGCCUAAUGUUGAGCUUCUGGUAGGUUGUAGAUUUUGAACUCCAUUCUGUUCAUCUUGUAGCUCGCUGUUUGAACUCCAUUCUGUAGAUUCACUUCUGUAUGGUAUCAUGGGUAAAUUGUCUACCAUUAUGCGUUUAGUUGGUGUAUCUGGUACUCGCGGCAAUAUGUGGCAAAUUGUUUUGAAAGGAGGAUAGAAUUUGGGAUUCAAGUAUGCUAGUUUGAGUCUAGAAAUCCCAGACAACUCUUAUAAGAAUCCUUUUGUCUUUUCUGUUCAAGGAUAUGGAUUUCAAUCUGGAUGGUGACUUUGGCAAGAUAUCGUAUUUCAAAAUGGACAUGCCAGACCUUGAUUUCUCAAGCCCGCCCAGAAAAGCUGCAAAAACCAAGGAGAGAUCUGAAGAAGAAUCUUCCAAAGGAAACCGUCAGGGGAAACAAGACCCUUUAAAUUCUCUUUUAAUUUCAAUUAGUAAGCUCUGUAUUUUCUUUUCGUUUCCUUAUUUGAAUUACGUAAGCGAUGUAAGUGUACUUGUACCUGACACUUUCUUUCUUGGAAGUGGGUUGGAUGAUUUUGAUCUUGAUCCAAGCUUAAAGAAAAGUGAAAGGAGUUCAAAUAAGAAUCAAGAUAGCAGAAAAGAGGUUCUUUCUGAUAGAAGAGGACCUCAAGGCUCUAAAAUUGACCUGGCUGAAGAUAUUGGUACACUUGAUGGUGGUUCUGAGAGAGUGGACCCUUCAAAGAUUGAUACUUCGUUAGUUGUUUUACGAAAGGUUAAUUCUAUCAAUGAUAAUUGCCCAUCAAAAUCUAGAUCAGAAAAUCUGGAACCUCCACAUGGUCCAAGGUCUCCAGUAAAAGUAAUGACUAAGAGUGUUGAAGAAUCAGAUCAGCGAAGUCAUUUAUCUGAGAAGGAGUCGGCCACAGAACCAUAUGCUAAGCCGGCAACAGAUGACUUGUCUGGUCAACUUGUAGGAGGAGUUGAUUCAAAUGGAGGUACCGUUUUUGAAGGAGAGAAUGAUGGUUGUCUUCAGACAGAUUUUAAUACCACUUCAAGUGGAAAAGAAGAUAUUGAUGAGAAAAUGUCAGCAGGAGACGGUCCUAAUAGUGAAGACUUGCCCUUGAGGGAUUCAUCACCAGUAAACGUUGAUAGUUCAGAUAGCAAGAAUGGUGAUGGGUGUAAGUCAGGCAGUGAUAUAUCUACACAAAACACUGAACCAAAGUUAGGCAGUGAUAUCUCGACUGAAAACACUGAAUCAGCUAUAGAUGAUUUAGAUCUUGAAGACAAUUCCAAUACAUUCGUCUCAAGGAAGACGCUGCUUAACAUCAAAGGUAUCAAGGACGACCAAAAUUUGACUUCAAAGCUUCCUUUGUCUGCAGAGAGCAGUGAAUCUGCAGUUGAUAAAGUUACGCUGGCAAAUGAAAGCAAAAGUGGAGAAUUCCACUCAAAGAUUUCUAAGAGAUUGGAGGAAGUUGGAUCUCAAAUGUGUCAGCCAUCAUUAAUAGGAGCAAAAUCUCUCUCAUCUGGUUUCAACGGGAUUGAUACCAUGCGUCUACGUCCUGCAAUUGAGGAAAGGGUGGUUACUAAUGCUCAUGGUGCACAAAUUGGAAGUAAAUUGCCUGAUACUCCCCUGUUAGUUGAUAAAGAAACAAAAGCCAAACAUGUAAUAUCGUGAAGAGAGGACCUCAAGUCUGAUGGUGUACCAAACAGGGCCAAACUGGUUCGCAAUUCACGGCUGUCUGACAAAGAAGUAACAGAAAGGGAACCUGUCCUGGGAAGUGGACUGGGAAAAAGUCUUCAUGAUCCAAGGGAUCUGCUUCAGGUUUAACAUCCUUAAAGCCUCUAUAGCGCCUUUCUCAGUCACCUAAAGAAUCCAGAAACUUCAAAGAACCUUCAAAAGAAGUUGUUGCAGAACAGGUUCGCAUUCAUGAGUCAUGUGGAGAGCAAGACUAACAGCACUUUUGGUGACCAUCAGACCUCUGAACUCGGUAGUCCUUGUGUGAUCAAUGUGAUGGAACUUGAUAUUCCUUCAGUGAUGGAAAAUGAUGGAAAUGUUGAAAAGGCUGAAGCGUACGCUAAGGAGCUUGAAGAUAUAUGCAACGUGCUGAGAAAGAAACACGUGGAAGCCAAGGAAUUGCUAGUUAGAGCUAUUGUGAACAACUACAGUCUACUGAUGCUUAACCAUCCCAUUUACGAAGCA